AUGGAAGUAGAAAAUAUUGUUAUUGCAAAGUUGAACAAAGACAAUGCUCAGUCGUCUUGGAAGCUCAGAUUGGUGGUCGGACGCGAGGAAGGAAAUCCUGCUGAGAUGAUCGACUCAGACGAGGAAAUUCAGAAGGAAGUUAGAGGCAGAGCUAAGUGGAUAGCGGAGAUUGAAGAAAGACUCGGAGGAGUAAAUGAAGCAGAGGACUCAUGCAUCUAUAAAGUUCCAAGUAAGCUUCGAAGAGUAAAGCAGGACGCCUACAACCCUCGUGUUGUCUCAAUUGGGCCUUUCCAUCGAGGAGACCCCGACCUUGUAGCCGGUAUGAGAAAGCAUAAAUGGCGUUACAUGCUAAGCUUUCUUCAGCAAACAGACGAUCCUUAUGAGUCUCGCAGUUGCUUGAAAAACUGCACGGAAGCUAUUUAUAAUUUAGACAUGAAGGUUCGUCAAUGCUACGCUGAAAAUGUUGAGUAUGACAAGAAUAACCUUGCGCAAAUAAUGUUACUUGAUGGUUGCUUCAUAUUGGAGCUCUUCCUCCGGUACUAUGCCAAAAAUGCAGGAGAAAAAAGCAAACCCGAUCCAGUAUUCAAAAGUUCUUGGAUGGUCACAGCUCUUCAACAUGAUCUAGCAUUACUUGAGAACCAAAUCCCCUUCUUCAUCCUCGAACUUUUGUAUGAGGUUGUCAGGCCUUUUGUCGUGAGCCGUAAGCCGCCACACUCGGUGGCUGGCCUUGCUCUCAUGUUCUUCCAACCUUUGAGCCGAAAGUCAAUACCUAAAGAAGAUCAAGACAAGCUGGGCGCAGACUUCAAGCAUUUGCUUGACCUCUUGCACAAAUUCUACUUCCUCCCAGUACCUCAUGAUAAUGAGGUGUCAAUCAAGCUCAAUUUUAAUAUGGAAUUGUCUUCCAAUUCCAAUAUUAAAGAAGAAGAACCUUUAUGCAAUUUAUUUUUCAGAAAAAUGAGAAGAAAAAUGCAGACUUUUUCAUUCCUUCCGGAACUUGCUGAUCCAGAUAGCAAAAACAAGUGGGGAUUCAACUGUUCUGCAACGCAACUUUUGGAGUCUGGAAUUCGGUUUAAAGUCGGGUCGUCGGAGGACCAGUUGUUGAACAUAACUUUCAGUAACGGAGUUAUCAGGUUUCCCCCAUUGGUUAUGGACGAUUCUGCGAGUUCAGUCCUCAGAAACCUAAUUGCCUUCGAGCAGUGCAGUCUUAGUAAUAUGCAUGGCGUCACCUCAUAUGCAUUCCUUAUCAAGAGUCUUAUCCCUUCCUCAGCGGAUAUCAAACGGCUUCGUCAAUAUGGAAUCAUACAGCACAAUUGGAUUGGAGACCAAGAAAAUUUCAGUCAAUUCGAAGGUAUUGUAGAUGGAGUUGUCAUGAAGGAUUUCUAUAUUGAUAGAUUGUGCGCCGAAGUCAAUGCAUACACCAGUAGAUACUGGUUUCGAAGAUACAUCAAGUACCUUUAUCGCACUUAUUUCUCUUCUGCAUGGAGUAAGAUAGUAUUUAUUGCCUCGAUUUUGGCCUUCAUUCUCACUUCCUUGCAGACAUACUUCACCAUUUACCCUCGCUAA